AUGGGUCACAGCUCUGGAGAAGAGCAGGAGAAGAAGAGCUGCCGCAUCCGACAUUCACCUGUCAAGGAUGCGGUGCGCCCCAGGGGAAAGGAAGAGCGGUGCUAUCAGCAGUCAUCGGACCACCCACAGAGGCUGCGGGGGCCCGCAGAGGAGCGGGAGAGGCUGGAGAACAGCGCACUGCACCUGAGAACAGCAGCGACCAAGCCCUCGGACAGCGGCGGCGGCGGUGGAGGUAGUGCGGUGAGCCCCGGAGCGCAGGGCGCCAAGUACCCGGAGCACAGCAACCCUGCCAUCCUGCUGAUGGGCUCAGCCAACGGCGCGCCCGUGGUCAAAACGGAUUCGCAGCAGCCCCUCGUCUGGCCCGCCUGGGUCUACUGCACGCGUUACUCGGACCGCCCGUCCUCCGGUCCUCGCACCAGGAAGCUGAAGAAGAAGAAGAGCGAGAAGGAGGACAAACGACCACGGACAGCGUUCACGGCCGAGCAGCUGCAAAGACUCAAGGCGGAGUUCCAGGCGAACCGCUACAUCACCGAGCAGCGGCGGCAGACGCUGGCCCAGGAGCUCAGCCUCAACGAGUCCCAAAUCAAGAUCUGGUUCCAGAACAAGCGCGCCAAGAUCAAGAAAGCCACGGGCAUCAAGAACGGCCUGGCGCUGCACCUCAUGGCGCAGGGACUGUACAACCACUCCACCACCACGGUCCAGGACAAAGACGAGAGCGAGUAGCUGCC